CGCCGCACCAGCCACGGCACCUGCCACCGCACCUGCCACCGCGCGACCACACAAUCAAGACGUUCUCGACCACCAGGGCCGUCUGGGGGCAUGCGCUGACUGCGGACGCCAAACAUCCUUCCAAAACCGCCAAAGGGCCGCUAGCUUGCACCAACCGCCGCACCAACGCCAACAUGGCCAACAUGGAGCACGACGACGUGGUGGUCUCGGGCGUGGGGGGCCACUUCCCCGAGUGCGACGACCUGGAUACGUUCAAGGAGGCCCUGAUGACGGGGAGGGACGUGGUGACGGACAACGCGGAGCGCUGGAAGCCCGGCCGCCUGGGGAUGAUCAACAAGACGGGCAAGGUGUCCGGCAUCAACAAGUUCGACGCCGUGUUCUUCGGCAUGCACCGCAAGCUGACGGACGCCACCGACCCGCUGUCCAGGAUCAUCAUGGAGCGCGUGUUCGAGGCCAUCGUCGACGCCGGCUUCAACCCGCUGGAGCUCCGCGGCACCCGCACGGCCGUGUUCAUCGGCUCGGCGCUCAGCGAGUCCGAGAACAUCUUCAUCCAGACCACGGCCGAGGACGGCUUCGGCAUCAUGGGGCACAACCGCUCCAUGAUGGCCAACAGGGUCUCGUACUACUUCGACUUUAAGGGUCCCAGCUACGCGCUGGACACGAGCUUCUGCAGCGGGCUGAGCGCGCUGGAGAUAGCCAAGAGGGCCAUCGACUGCGGCGAGAUCGACUUCGCCAUCGUGGGCACCGCCACCCUGUCCUUCCACGCCGAGAUCACGCAGCACUUCCACGACCUCGGCAUGACCAGCCCGGACGGCGUCACCAGACCCUUCAGCAAAGACGCCAACGGCUACGUGCGCUCCGAGGCCGCCAUCUGCAUGCUGGUGCAGCGGCGCAGCAGCGCGCGCCGCUUCUACGCCUCGGUGGAGCACGUCAAGGUCAAGAAGUUCGGCUUCCAGCACAACGCGCCGCUGCUCAAGCUGGACGUCCGCCACCACGCGCAGCACCUGGCCGAGUUCUACGACGAGCUGCAGGAGCUGACGGGCAUCCGGGCCGACGACAUCGACUACCUCGAGGCCGAGGGCGACGCGUUCAAGCCGCACGAGGAGCAAGAGGUGGCGGCCCUGGACGCGGCGGUGUGCUCGCGGCGGUCGCAGCCGCUGCGCAUCGGCAGCACCAAGGGGCAGUUCGGCAACGCCGAGGCGUCGUCGGGGCUGGUGGCGCUCUGCAAGGUGCUGGUGGCCAUGGAGGGCGGCAUCAUCCCCGCCACGGUGAACGUCACCCCGGCCACCGUCAACCCCGCCCUGCGCGCCAUCGUGGAGGGCCGCAUGCAGGUGGUGACGGAGAACACGGCGCUCUGCGCGCCGGGGAAGCGCGCCACCGUCGCCAUCAACAACUUCGGCGUGGCCAACCAGUACGCGCACGCCGUGUUCCGCGCCAACCCCAAGGCCAAGCCCGUGGUCGUCGACGCGCAGCCCGAGAGGCUGGCCGUCGGCACGCAGGGCGAGGCGGUCAUCCUCGAGCCCAUACCCAAGAUGGUGUUCGUCUCCGCGCGCAACGACGACGCCAUGACCAAGGCCCUGGAGAAGCUGCACAGCUACAAGACCUACGACCCCGAGUACGCGCGCCUGGUGCAUGACGUCUUCACCAUCCACACCUUCGGGCACCUGCAGCGCGCCUACACCUUCCUGCCCAAGACGGAGGCCCUCCCUCACGAAGUCGCGCCCCACGGCGGCGCCAAGCGGCCCAUCUGGUUCAUCUACUCGGGCAUGGGCAGCCAGUGGCCGGGCAUGGCCAGGCACUUGUUGAGGGUGCCGGUGUUCCGCGCCGCCGUGCAGCGCUGCCACGACGCGCUCAAGCCGCACGGCGUGGACCUGCUGCACAUCAUCACCACCGAGGACAAGACCAUCUACGACAACAUCCUGCACUCGUUCGUGGGCAUCGCCGCCGUGCAGGUGGGCCUGACGGACGUGCUCAAGUCCCUGGGCAUCGAGCCGGACGGCAUCAUCGGCCACUCGGUGGGGGAGCUGGGGUGCGGCUACGCCGACGGCUGCUUCACGGCGGAGCAGAUGGUGCUGGCGGCGCACGCGCGCGGCAGGGCCUCCAUCGAGACGGAGCUCAUCAGGGGCACCAUGGCGGCGGUGGGGCUCGGCUACAGCGAGGUGAAGCCCAUGCUGCCCGAGACCAUCGAGGUGGCCUGCCGCAACUCCAAGACCAGCUGCACCAUCUCCGGCCCCGCCGAGGACAUGGCGCGCUUCGUGGGGCAGCUCAAGGACAAGGGCGUGUUCGCGCGCGCCGUCAACGUGUCCAACAUCGCGUACCACAGCCGCUACAUCGCGCCGGCCGGGCCCAAGCUGCUCACGCUGCUCAAGGACGUCCUGCCCGACCCCAAGCCGCGGUCCGCACGCUGGAUAUCGACCAGCGUUCUGGAGGAGCGCUGGGAGGAGCCCCUGGCGAAGACCUCUUCCGCCGAGUACCACACCAACAACCUGCUGAGCCCCGUGUUCUUCGAGGAGGGCUCCAAAAGGAUCCCCAAAGACGCCAUCUGCAUCGAGAUCGCGCCCCACGGCCUGCUGCAGGCCAUCGUGCGCCGCUCCCUGGACUCCGGCGUCACCAACGUGCCGCUCACGCGGCGCGACGCCCCCGACGGCGCCCUGUUCCUGCUCGAGGCCAUCGGAAAGUUGUACCUGGCCGGGCUGAACCCGAUGAUCCAGAACCUGUACGAGCACGUCGAGUGCCCCGUGGCGCGCGGCACCGGGACGCUGAGCGGCCUGGUGCACUGGGACCACACCGAGUCGUGGUACACGGGCCGGCACUGCCAGCAGGACACCUUCGUCCCGGGUGAGCGCCACUUCGACGUGCGCUCCAUCUACCCGGCCUUCGAGCCGUACCGCCACUGCGAGUGGCAGGGCCGCUCCAUCAUCACCCCCGGCAUCUGCUUGGACAAGGUGCGCGAGAUGAUCUACGCGAUCCACGACGACGAGCCCGUGCCCAUCGUGUUCGAGAACGUGCAGUUCCAUCACUGCGUGGACCUGCCGGUGAUCGAUGAGUCCCUGGUGUACGUGAUGUACCAGCGCGGCAGCGGCCACUUCGAGGUCUCGGAGAACAUGCGCGUGCUGGCGUGCGGACGCGCCUACCUCCCCAUGGACGGCGUCAAGGGCCUCGCCAAGAUGUGGAACUCGGAGGCGCCGACCGGCAUCUCGGAGGUCCGCGGCGAGCAGCGCGCCUCCUACAACCAGGAGGAGGUGUACGACGAGCUGGAGCGGCGCGGCGUGCGCAUCGGCGGCAAGCUCAAGGCCAUCAGGCAGGUCGUCAUCUCCCCCUCAGAGGUGCAGGGCCGCGUGACCAACCUGGACAGCCCGCUGUUCCUGCUGGACACGCUGCUGCAGCUGUUCUCCGUGCUGGAGUCCGAGACCACGUCCGAGCUGCGCGUGCCCUGCCGCAUCCAGCGCAUCCUGCUGGACCCUGACCGGCGCCUGCUGUGCGAGCCCGCGCCCGCGCCCUUCGAGGUCGUCGACGCGGACGGCCAGGCGCAGGAGGCCGCCGUCGUCCAGAACACGCCCCUCUUGGAGGAGCUGGCGUUCCGGCUGCACCGCGCCAGCGAGGUGCUGCGGUGCGCCAACGUGGAGCUGCGCGGCGUCGUCACCAAGCCCUUCUCCCCCAGCGGCGACAAGACCGCCAACAAGCUGGCCCUCGACAUGGAGCAGUUCCUCGUGCACGGCGACAGCCCCGCGACGUUCCAGCGCGCCGACGAACUGGUGUCCGCGGCCAUCCAGCUGGCCGGGCAGCAGAUGGCGCUGCAGCCGCUGUGCCGCCAGGGCAGCGAGGUGCUGGUGGGCGUGAUGGGGGCCGUGCUGGAGGACAAGGCCUUCUUCGGCCUGCUGCAGGCCGUGGCCCGGCGCAUGGGCAACGUCCUUGUGCGCGCCGUGAGCCGCGAGGAGGUGCCCGACUGCGACCUGGUGGUGGUGAGCACCGCGGACGUCCCGCAGGCCGUGUCGCUGCUCGCGCCGCAAGCCGUGCUCCUGGCGCACCUGCCCCUGCACCCGACCCGACCCUCCGCCAGCGGCGUGCAGGUGCUGAUGCAGCAGGCCUUCGACAACCACCGCUUGGCCGUCUUCAAGAAGGCGCAGCUGCUGCCCCAGUCGGCCACCCUCCCCUGCCAGGUGGUGGAGGUGGACUCCGGCAGCGCCAUCUCCGGGCUGGCCGUGGCCCCCGUCGGGGAGUCGUUCUUCGUGUGGCGCGCGCUCCCGGAGAAAGGCAUCCCCGCCCUGCUCAACGAGGUCCGCAAGCUGCCCGGCUCGCACCGCGUCAGAUGCGUGUUCCUGCUGGACGCCACGGCGCCCAAGUUCUCGGCCACGCAUCCGUUCUACGCCGCGCAGAUGCGGCUGGGGCUCGCCGUCAACGUCCUGCAGCACGGCGCCUGGGGCAACCUGUACCUGCGGCCGCAGAGGGUGGCCGACCUGGCGCAGCCCAACAAGACCCUGCACGUGAACCGGUUGGCCAACGUGCCGGGUCUGCACUUCGAGUUCCUGGGCUUGAACGGCUCGCUACAGGAGCCUAGCAAUCUGGAGGUGCGCGACGGCUACAUCCUGGACAUCAAGUGGCCCGCGCCCCUGAAGCAGCCCCGCGGCAUCGGCCUGCUGGACUACGCGGCCGUGCGCCGCGACGACGCCGCCCCCGUGAUGGGCCUCAUGGACGCGGCCGGCCUCAACGUGGACCCCGUGCUGCAGUGGGACGUCCCCGCGGCCUGGAGCUUGGAGGACGCCGCCACCGUGCCCUACGCUUACGCCAUGGCGUACUUCGCCCUGGUCCACACGGCCGGCGUCCAGGCCGGCGAGAGUGUGCUGAUCCACGACGGCUGGUCCGCGGUGGGCCAGGCCGCCCUCGACGUGGCCCUGGCGGCGUGCUGCCCCCUGUUCACCACCUGCCGCUCCGAGGAGGAGCGCCUCCUCAUCCAGCAGCGCUUCCCGCAGAUCCCAGCGGACCGCAUCCUGGACCUGCAGGGCGAGCAGUUCGAGCGCGACUUGGCCAAAAUGUUGGUGGGUGACCGACAGCGGAAGGGUGUCCGCGUGGUCCUCAGCAACCUGAGCGGCGAGGGGCUGUGCGCCACGCUCCGCUCCCUGGGCAUGUACGGCCGCGUCGUGCAGCUCAACGGUUCGGACCAGGCGCAGGGCGUGCACAUCGGCAUGAACUUGUUCAUCAAGAGCACCUCUUUCUACGGGCUGCACCCCAACUGCCUUAUGAACCAGAAGCAGGACGUGCGCGCGGCCGUGCACGCCAUGGUGCAGCGGGGCCUCGACGACGGCGUGGUCCGCCCCCUGGACCGCACCGUGCUGCCCGCCUCGCACGCCCAGAAGGCCGUCAGCUACCUCAACGGUGACUCGACGGGCAAGGUGAUCCUGGAGCUCAAGACCGCGAAGACACCCACCGCCGCGGACGCCGUCGGACAGCGCUUCCAUUGCGACGAGAAGGCCUCCUACCUGGUGGUCGGCGGCUGCCGGUCGCACGCGCUGCACACCGUGGAGUGGCUGCUGUCGCGCGGCGCCCGCAGCGUGCUGCUGGGCGGCAUGCCAGACAACGCCCUCUCGCAGGUCACGCUCCGCCGGCUGGCGCUGAUGCGCGCGCGCUGGGGCGCGCACGUGACCACGGUGCCGGGCGUGCGCGCCGACACGGCCCAGGGCGCCGCCACGCUGGUGUCCAGGGCCAACAACAUGGCGCCGCUCGCCGCCGCCUUCGUGCUGCCCUCGGCGUCCGUGCGCCAGGUGGACUCGGUGCAGGCCCUCGACGGCGUGCUCCGCGGCCCCGGCCUGUGCCGCGAGGCCGUCCUGCUCGUGGCCGUGGAGCUGUCCGCGCCGUCGGGGCCCGUGGCCGCGGCGUGCGCCGCCCGUCGACGUGCCGGGGGCCGCGCCACCGCGGUCGGCAUCAACGUGGCCGCGCCGCACCUCCGCGUGCUGGCCAUGGACAGUGCCAUGGCCGACCCGCAGCCCGUGGUGCACGCCAACCUGCUGCCCGAGGACCAGCACCAGGCCUCCCUCAAGGAGCGCCUGAGAGAGCUGCUGCCGCUGUCCCGCGACGCGCUCGUGUCGCUGGGCAAGUCCGCGCUGGCCAUGGCGGCGCUGGGCGGCGCGCCCUGCUCGUCCAUGCUGCCGUCGUGCUUCGGCGGCGCCAAGGCCAAGUCCAAGGAGGUGCCGCCGGUCUUCCUGGUGGCGGGGCUGGGCGGCGAACCCGCCGAGGAGAUGCGCCCCCUGGCCCGCGGCAUCCUGGCCAACGCCGUGCUGCUCAUCCCCGGCGUCGCCAAGCAGGGCAUCAGCACCCUGGCCGCGGGGCUGGUCGACGAGGUGCUGUCGCGGCAGCCGGUGGGGCCCUACACGCUGGUGGCGCGCGGCUGGUCGGGCUGCGUGGCCCUGGAGGCGGCCCGCCUGCUGGAGCAGACCCGCGGCGAGCACGUGGCCGUCCUGCUGCUGGACUGCGCCGUGGAGGAGCUCCAGAACGCCGUGUGGCGGCUGGGCCAGGGCGGCGCGCUGCAGGCCUGGCUGCUGUGCAGUCUGCUGCACCUGCGGCCGAUGGACUACGACGCGCUGGAGGCCCUGCAGACGUGGCCCGAGCGGCUGCAGCACGCGCUCAGCCUGGGCGACGCCGAGGUCGCCAAGCACCGCCUCGAGCUGAGCGCCGGGCUGGACCUGGUGUACGCGCGGCUGUGCGCCCUGGCGGAGUACCGCGCCGACUUCAAGCUCCACAAGACCGUCAUCACGCUCAUCAGGCCGGCCGGCGCCGAGGCCGACAACUUCUGCGGCCUGGACCAGGUGAGCACGCAGGAGGUGCAGGUCGCCGUGCUGGACAGCACCCUGGGCUCGGCGCGCUUCUGGGAGGAGGCGGCGCGCGUCGUCAGCCAGGGCGUCUACGUCGGCACCAAGCCCAUGCACUCGUUGCUCGUGGGCAUCUGCAACGCCAGCGACACCCUGUGGCAGCGCCUCAGAUAGACGCGGGGAGCUGCAGGCACUCCUGGGGUCGACGGCGGCGGCCCCGGCGGCCUGGCCGAGGCCAUGAGCGUGCCCUCAUGGUAUGGGCGAGGCGGCGG